AUGGCUGCCCAGGGUCCCCACCCAGUAGACAAGAAGGAGAGGAAGAGAGAAGGUCAGACUCUGCGAAAGACUGAGAGAAGCCGGUCCUGCUCACAGGAGAAAAAGGAGGGUUACACUAAGGACAUGGUGACAGACUUUGAUGAGAAACAUGAUGAGUAUUUAAUAUUGCUUCAGCAGAGGAACCGGAUAUUAAAGCAUUUGAAAGCCAAGGACCCUAUGCAAUUGAGACUGGAGCACUUGGAGCAAGGUUUCUCCGUCUAUGUCAACGGGGCCAAUUCUGAGCUGAAGACAUCACCACGGAAAGCCAUUCCCUCUGACUUCUCCAGAAGUGCCUCUCACGCUGAGGGGACACACGAUUGUGGACAAAGGACCCUGUUUCGAGAAGCCGAAGAAGCCUUAAGACGCAAUUCACGGACAGCCCCCACCAAAGUCCAGCGCCGAGGAUGGCACCAGAAAUCUGUGCAGAUCAGAACAGAAGCUGGCCCACGGCUCCACAUCGGACCUCCUCUGGACUAUUCUGAAGAUUUUGAGCUGUGUGGGGAUGAGACUGUCGAGGCAAAGGACUCUUCUGGGGAUCGUCCACAGGAGCUAAGAAAAAGCCUGGAACCAAGCAUAAAUCUGCAAAGGAAACAAAAGGAUUGUUCCAGUGAUGAGUAUGAUUCUAUCGAAGAAGACGUACUCUCUGAGCCCGAAGCUGAGGACCAGGUGCUGAUGGGCCACCCCAGAGAUGACCCCCCUCUUUCCAGUGGGGACUCAGUGCAGAAGGAUGUUCUCAAGGACCAGGAGACAGAAGGACGCCCUCCCCAGGGCCCAGACACUCUUGUGGUGCUGGAAUUUAACCCCAUUUCCAAAAGUGAUAAAAGGGAAAGGAAUUUGUCGGCUAAACGGAAGGACAACGCUGAGGUCUUUAUUCCCAGCAAACCUGAGCCAAACCUGAAUCCCCAGCCACCUGCUGUGCUCCCCAACCAGGAGAGGGCAUGCUCAAGACCGGGAAGCCGGCGCGAGAGGCCCCUCUCUGCAACGCGCAAACCUGUGUACGAGGCUGAGGACCGACAGGAAGAUGCCUCGGCCGUACUCCGAGCCAUCCAUGUGGAGAAUGCAGCCCUACAGAGGGCCAUGCUCAGCAGGAAGGCCAAGCCGCCUGCCAGCCCACUGCAGGAUGUGGAGGGACCACCAGCAAGACCGUGGACCAGUGUGCUGAAGGAGAAGGAAGAGACCCUCGAGCUUCGUUCCAUCAGCCCAGUGACCACCACUCAGAAGCCAUCCCAGGCAGCAGAGGGAGCCCAAGCCAUCGACCAAGCCAUCGACAGAACAGGCCUUUUGGGAAGCAGACAACAGCAGAAACUUCUGAAAGUCCUCCCCGCCAUUGAAAGUGACUCUGCCCUUCUCAGUGGGGUUGUUUCACCACCUGAGGAGCGAGUACCAGACCCAGAGGACAAAUGGAGAAUGAGAGCGGAAGAGAUCAAAGACGCUGUCUACGUGACCAUGGAAAUCCUGUCCAACUGGGGCAAUGCAUCAUGGGUGGGUCUCACAGAAAUUGAGUUCUUUGACCUUAAUAACACAAAGCUUUACGUGUCGCCUCAUGAUGUGGACAUCCGGAACACGGACACACCCGGGGAGCUGGGCCACCUCAUCAACAGGAACUUAGUGAGCAAGAAAGACCCCUCUUUGUGGACCUGCCCCUUCCACCCGCCGCUCCAGCUCUUUUUUAUUAUCCGCAACACCAGACAGCUGCGCGACUUCGGUCUGGCCAAGGUCAGGGUUUGGAAUUACUGGACAACUGAUGGCGAUCUUGAUAUUGGUGCCAAGAAUGUGAAGCUUUAUGUCAACGAAACCCUCAUCUUUGAUGGCAAGUUAGACAAAGGCGGUGGAGAGGCCCUGGCUGAGCAGAGCAUCCCAGUAGACCUGAAGAUCAAGAAAAAUGAAAGAAUAGAGAGUGUUGUGAAUGCUCACUCGGAAGAAAGUGGAGAUGGCCACAGGAUGGCUGGCGCGGGUGUGGAUGAGGAUCCCAGUGUCAACCGCUCGCAGCCAGCUGAAGCAUUAGUGGACAUGAAGGUUUCUUCACAGGGAAACCUACUUGGUGAGAGGACGGAUCCUGAUAAUUGCAUGAAAGACAGUUUGUCCAAGUUAGAGGAAGAUUUAAGAUUGUUGGCAGCCCCUGUCUCGAUGGGUGACAUGCCCGGUACUCCUCCCGCCUCCCCACCUGUGAAAUGCCCUCCUUGUGAUGAGGAGCCCUCUCUGAUCCAACAACUGGAAAACCUCACAGGCAGAAAAAUCUCUGAGCCACCAGGGAAAACCCCAUCCUGGUUACAACUUCCUCCCACGAGGCAAGGCAGGAGGCCAGGAGGUGGGAAGCCGAAACCCCUCUGGCUGAGUCCUGAGAAGCCACUGGACUGGAAAGGUGGGCUCCCAUCAGAUGAUGUCAUCGCUGAGGGGCCUGGAGAGACUGAGGCCGGGGAGAAAGGCUCCUGGCAUGAGCAAGGGCGAGUGGCCAGCUGGAAUGUCAUCACCAGUGACAGACCCCAGAGGGUAACCCCCAAAGACUACAGUGACGACUUAAACAUCUUUAACUGGCCCCCCAACAGGGAGCACCCUGCUAGUGGGAGGAGGGGCACGAGAAAGGAUGCUGUCAGCAGUAGUCAUGGUGACGACCAGCCAGCCAGCAGAGAAGACAUCUGGGCCACCAGGAUGCCACCGCUUUCGAGGUGGCACAGUGAGCAGGAGCACACACUGCAUGAGUCAUGGAACUCCCUCAGUGCCUUUGACCGCUCCCAGAGGGGACGCAUCUCCAACACAGAGUUCCAGGGUGACAUCCUGGACGAGUUCCUGCAGCAGCAAAAGAGUAGCCGGCACAGCAACCCGCCACCAUCCUGGAGGGAGGAGAAGCCAGAGCCGUGGGAAGGGCAGGACAGCUGCUCUGCAGAGACAGACGACGGGAGCGACUUUAAAAUCCCCGUCUUGCCAUAUGGACAGCACCUGGUCAUUAACAUCAAGUCUACAUGGGGGGACAGGCACUAUGUAGGCCUUAAUGGAAUAGAAAUAUUCAGUUCCAAGGGAGAGCCAGUGCAAAUUUCAAGCAUUAAAGCAGACCCCCCUGACAUCAAUAUUUUACCUGCCUAUGGGAAAGACCCCCGCGUGGUCACCAACCUCAUUGAUGGGGUGAACAGGACCCAGGACGACAUGCACGUCUGGCUGGCCCCCUUCACGCCAGGCAAGUCCCACUCCAUCUCCAUUGACUUCAAGCACUCUUGCCAAGUCGCCCUGAUCAGAAUUUGGAAUUACAAUAAAUCUCGGAUACAUUCCUUCCGCGGCGUGAAGGACAUCACGAUGCUGCUGGACACACAGUGCAUCUUUGACGGAGAAAUCGCCAAGGCCUCGGGAACCCUGACGGGAGCCCCUGAGCAUUUUGGAGACACGAUCCUAUUCACGACUGAUGACGAUAUUCUCGAGGCCAUAUUCUGUUCUGAUGAGACCUUCGACAUUGACGUGGACAGCCCGUGUAGCCUGCAGUACGAGGAGACGCUGAGGAGGCCCAGCACAGCCGAUGGCGACGGGGACGAGCGACCCUUCACCCAGGCCAGCUACUGGACCAAUGACCGGGUCCCGGAGCUAGAGCUGCCACCCACUUCCCCUGUCCCUGAAGUCACCACACCAGAGCCAGGCAUCUACCAUGGAAUCUGCCUUCAGCUGAACUUCACCGCCUCCUGGGGAGACCUGCACUACCUGGGGCUCACUGGCCUGGAAGUGGUGGGCAAGGAGGGACAGGCACUGCCAAUCCAACUACACCAGAUCUCUGCCUCCCCCAGAGACUUAAAUGACCUCCCUGAGUACAUCGAAGACUGCCGGACCCUGGACAAGUUAAUCGACGGAGCCAACAUCACCAUGGAGGAUGAGCACAUGUGGCUGAUACCCUUCUCUCCGGGGCUGGACCACGUGGUCACCAUCCGCUUUGACAGAGCCGAAAGCAUCGCAGGCCUGCGCUUCUGGAACUACAAUAAAUCUCCCGAGGACACCUAUCGAGGGGCCAAAAUCGUCCACGUCUCCCUGGAUGGCUUGUGCGUCUCUCCCCCGGAGGGCUUUCUCAUCCGGAAAGGGCCGGGCAACUGCCACUUUGAUUUCGCUCAAGAAAUCCUCUUCGUGGACUACCUGCAGGCUCGACUGCUGCCCCAGCCAGCCAGGAGGCUCCACCCAAGCAGCCUGGAGUGUGCGAGCAUGGACUACGAGGCACCACUGAUGCCAUGUGGCUUCAUUUUCCAAUUUCAGCUCCUGACCAGCUGGGGCGACCCCUAUUACAUCGGCCUCACGGGCCUGGAGCUGUAUGACAAGCGGGGAGAAAAGAUCCCAUUGUCGGAAAACAAUAUCGCCGCCUUCCCUGACAGCGUGAACUCCCUGGAGGGCGUGUGCGGGGACGUCCGCACCCCUGACAAGCUCAUCGACCAAGUAAAUGACACCAGCGAUGGCAGACACAUGUGGCUGGCUCCCAUCCUGCCAGGCCUGGUGAACCGGGUUUAUGUGAUUUUCGAUCUGCCUACCACCGUGUCAAUGAUCAAACUGUGGAAUUACGCGAAAACACCCCAUCGCGGGGUGAAGGAGUUUGGCCUCCUGGUGGAUGACUUGCUCGUGUACAACGGGGUCCUGGCCAUGGUGAGCCACCUGGUAGGGGGCAUCCUGCCCACGUGUGAGCCCACGGUGCCCUACCACACCAUCCUCUUCACCGAGGACAGGGACAUCUGUCACCAGGAGAAGCACACCACCAUCAGUAAUCAAGUGGAGGAUCAGGAUGUCCAGAUGAUGAAUGAAAGCCAAAUCAUAACCAACUCAAAAAGGAAGCAGAGCACCGUUGACCCAGCCUUACGUCCCAAAACUUGCAUAAGUGAGGAGACAGCAAGACGGUGGCGGUGCUGA